CGAUAUGGAUAGAAAAAAGGUGCGGAAGUGGAAGUGGUGAAUCCCCCAUUUUGCCACGUGAAUAAAAAGUACUGCAAAACAAUUACCUAUUUAAUUCUAUUUGGAAGUUUGAGUUUGAGAACAACGCGUUUCUUUCUUUCGAAAAAGCCAUAAAUUUUGAUCAGAGUAUUAAAUACAUCGUUAAAUUGUAUUCUCCCGAAGCCAUCAUGUCUGAAGACGAUAUCGAAAGAAAAAUCAAAAACUUGAAGUUACAUUCCAAAACCGAUAUCAACAUUCUCCUGUUGGGAGCGACUGGAGUCGGUAAAUCUACUUUCAUCAACGCCCUGGCAAAUUAUUUAACAUAUUCAAAGAUGAAAGAUGCGAAACAUGGCGAGUUAUUAGCACUAAUACCCAGCCAAUUCAAUGUCCAGGAUAAAUUCCAGGAGCAUCACAAUGUGCUAGUAGGGGGGCAGGAUGCAAACGAAUUUUUACAUAUCGGAGAAUCGGCCACGCAGGACGUAAAAACUUACGUUUUUCCCUACGGUAAUUUCAAAAUCCGCUUAAUCGACACACCCGGAAUGGGUGACACUAGAGGUCUUGAUCAAGACCACACGAAUUGCGAGAACAUUUUGAGCUACAUCAGCAAUUUGCAUGAAUUGCAUGCCAUUUGUUUCCUGUUGAAGCCGUACGAGUCCCGUGACACCGUCAUCUUCAAUUAUUGCAUGAACCAGAUAUUAUCAAGAUUGGAUAAAUCGGCUAGUGAUAAUAUAAUAUUCUGCUUUACGAACACUAGAGGUUCGAAUUACACGGCUGGUGACACCCGUGGUACUUUGCAACUUAUGAUUGAAAAAAUUUCCAAACGGCCACCGUUCGUAAAAAUUCCUUUCGAUAAGAACAUAUUUUGUUUCGACAACGAACCGUUCAGGUACCUUGCUGCUAUUAAAAAGGACAUUAAAUUCGAUUCGGAUGUCAAAGAAAGAAACAAAGAAAGCUGGAAUAAUUCAGUAGCUGAGUUGUGGAAAUUAAUCUCCUACAUUACGGGCUGCGAGAAGAACCCGCCCUUGAAACCUCACCAUGUGAAAAAUACGAAUGCUGUAAACGAAGCGAGACGAAUGAUUGACCGUUUGGCUUUACCAUUAGCCGAAAUUACGCAGUUAAUCCAUAACAAUUUGGAUGUGUUGGAGAGACACGAAAGAAUCCUUCAGUUAGAAGAUCUUUCUCUUACCGAGCUAAAGAAAAAUCUUUACGUACCAGUCAUCACUCUGGAACUCAUCGAAAUGUCUCAGCCCGCUACCGUUUGCACCGCCCAAAAAUGCUGCGAAAUCUAUAAGGUCGGCGGAAAAUCGUCUGUGAAUUACAAACAGAGAUGUCACGAUCCGUGUUUCCUGUCCAAUGUUAAUCGAGAAAUCAUCGGGGCCCCAGAGCUAUUGUAUUGCGCAGCCAUGAAGAAUUCUAUUUGCCAAAUAUGCGGAUGCGAUUUUAGAGUGCACAUGCACAUCUACUAUAUGACAAAAAAGAAAGAAAUUAAGGAUAUCGACACUAACAUUAAGUGUGAAAUUGAUACCAAACAAGAACUUAUAAAAAGUAGAGAACAGGUGAUUCAAAAAAUGAGAGUCAAGAGGGAAGUGUUGAUCAAUGAGCACGAAACCAUCGUGAAAAUUUGCGCCACAUUCACGUAUUUUUUGCAGAAAAAUGCCAUCACGCCGUUUAAUGAUGCCUACAAGGAUUAUAUCGAGUAUUUAAUUCAUAGAGAAAAAUCAUUGGGUAAUGAUUGUGAUGAAAAAAACCUAGAUCAUCUUCAAAAUUUGCUCAUAGAAUACACCGAAAUAAAAUCCUCAUUUGAGGAUUCUAUCAACUCGAACCGUGCCGUUGAGUGUAGUCCAAAAGAUAUCAGCGAAUAUUGCCAACAAUUGUACAAUUUGAAGUACAACGGCAAGAAAAUUAAGCAGCUUUACGAUUGCCAAAAAAAGCCGAGAAACAAAGAGUACCUAGACACGGAAAUAGCCCUGAAAGCAGAACGUAAAGAGAAGAAAGAGAAAAAGGAGAAAAAAAAGAAAGCUGAUAAAGACAUGGAUAAAAAUAAAAAAUCGCAGACGAAAGAGGAUAAAGGGAAGCAAAAUGCCGAUUCGAAGAAAAAGACGGAUAAUCCCAGGAAAAAUGAAAAAGGCAAUGAUAAAAAACAAUCAACGUUUAAUCGAGACCAGCCUCCCAAAUACGAGGAUAUACAACACCAACGAAACUUUCAACGUUCUCAAUAUCCUCGACGAGAUCAACAAAGACCCGCUGGUAAUUUUCCGCAAAAUUCGUCACCAUUUUACUCGUCCCAAUUCGGCCAAAUGCCUAAUUCUUACGGCUCGUCAUCCUACAACCCUCAAUCUCCUUACGAUCAAUCUUCCUACGGCCAAUCCUCAAACUUCCAAAGUCCCAUCGACAACGAAUACGACGUGAACGUAGUGUUCAAAAAACGCAACAGCAAUGCUAAUCAACCGCCCCAAAGAGGCCCUUUCUCAAAUCCGCAUCAGCUACCGUUCACACAGAACGAUCCCAGAGCCAACGCGCAAAGUCGAUACAAUUUCAAUCAACCAAUGGAUCCGCAGCAAUUUGGCAAUGAUCAAAUGCAAUUCAGUCAGAUGCAUUUCUCGGCUCCGCGUCCAAUUAUGGAUGUACCCUUGUCCCAAGGGACACAGGGGGAUUUUCGAAGAAUGCCGAAUGAUUAUUCGAGACAGCAAUACCCGACCCGUUUCCCCAACCGCCAUUGGGAAGACCGAUCGAAUCCUCGACAAGACAACGCGAUGGGGCCGAAUUAUCAAAGCGGCGACAUGAAGAAACCGAAUUUCAGAGGUAAAUUCAAAACCGAUCAUGCUAAUAAGCCGUUCGCGCCGCGUAAUCAAAAGCAAGAUAGGGAUGGAAAGAAUAAGAAUGUCUCAAAGAAAAGUAUGCAAGGCGACUCUGACGCUUCCAAAUCGUCGCAACGGCAACAUAAGAAGAAGAAUAGCGGAGCUAAGCCGAAGAAACCAGUGGAAUCUAGCGAUUCCGAUUCUUCGGACAGCAGUUCUAGUUCUUCCUCUUCAUCGUCUUCUAGUAGCUCCUAAUAUGUUAAUCUCUUAGGGCAUUUACGAUAUAUUUAAUGAGGCAAAUAUCCGCUUAUUCUCUUUCAUUAAGUAUACUGUAUUUUAUUAUAGGUUUCUUUGUUGUUUUCAUUUAAAUUGUUUACGUUUAAAUGUUUUAAAUUAGUUUCUGUAUCUUAUAUUAAUUUUAACUACAUAUAUUAAUGUGGACAAUUUUUAAUAUUUACGGGGCAGCCCUUUUUAUCAAAAAUUUUUGCGCUGUGCCUUAAAUUUGUUCCCUAUAAAUAUUUAAAGAGAGAUGAACUUUUGUUUUGUCGUUUGAAAAUUGUAUUUUACGAUUUAUCAUUUUAUUAUUAUUCAUAUUUCGUAAUAAAUGGUUUUAAGGAU